AUGGAUAAAUUUUUAAAGAGAAAGGCGACGUCACCAUGUCGCACCGAUGCUCGACGGAUAAGUAAAGCAACUUCUGAUAACAAAGAGAACCACGCUAGUGAGCGAAGUCUUCCAGAAGAUACUGUUGGCAAUCUGGAAGCAACUAGCCGUCUUUUCAGUUUGGCUGGAUUGGAUGUUCAGGGUGAAAUACAGCAAAUUGCUUUUUCUCCUUCCUUUGCUUCUGGUGACUUUAGACUGGUAGAAGUUACUCCUGCCCUCGCGGACGAGAUUGUUGCUGGUACUAGUGAAUUGGUCUUCCGAGGUCGGCUUGAUGAUUUUCCAGUUCUUUGUACCAAGAAUAAAACUUACUCAGUAGUAGAAGCUGAAACUUCAAAUACUUUAUUGUUGCUUCCAGAGCUUAAUUUUUCUCAAGAGGCUUCAGAGGGGGAAAAGCGGUUGAAAUUAAGGCAGGUACAGGCCAUGGAAACGAGGUAUUUAGAAUUGGCUGAAGUAAAAUCGGUUUUUACGGGCAAACUCAAAGAAUUGUUACACGAAAACGAAUUUGAAUGGACUAAGUCAGAAAAUAUGGAGCAAGUUGAGAAAAACUGGUUAGCGUUUUGCCUUAAGUGGAAAAUGGCAGCAUUUCAAUCUUUUAAUUUCUCAGAAAAAUUUAACGUUAACACAAUUUUUAGCUACACUUUCUCUGAUUUGUUGAACAUCAUUCAGAUGAGCGAAUGCGAGCUUAAAGACGCUCUUGAACGCUUGCCUGUCAUAGAACAUAACGGUGGUUGUAUUAUUUUUGCUCUCAAUUGUAGAAGUUUUUUACGCUUCCUGUCAUCAGAGUUUCGAGACAGACUCUUGACAGAGUUAAUAGAACUUUUGGAUGACGACGAUGAAGCUGACAUUUCACUCAGUUCUGUUGGCGUGCUAGCAUUUUACAACGCUUUAAGAAGUAGAGAACCAGACCGAAUAAUACCAAUGGAGGCGGUGAAAUGGUUUGUUAGAAGUCACUGUAACGUAGUGGAAAAAGAUGGUAAUGAGGUAUAUACGAUAGAUGAGCGUGCUAUUUGUCGUUCAAAGGCAUCACAGCUUCUUCGUGCAGCUGUCCGAUUUGAGCUCACUAAUUUUGAGAACCUAAUGAAGCAAUUACUUCCUGAAGGGGUUGAACUAAAGAGCGAAUAUUUGGAAGGUUUGACGUUAGUGGAUGAAGAGCUGACAAGAGGGAAGACAAUUCGUUAUUUAAAUGUAGAGGAGCUUCCAGAAAAUGAAAUGGAAAGGUUAGAAUUACUAUUUUCGUUGCGUCAGAAAUGGAACUUUGACGAUAUCAAGCCGUUCCUAUCCGACAUUUGCGGGAACUCGAGGGAGAUGGAAGAAUUGUUGAACAGAAGAUGUCGUUUAGGAACUGUAAAUAGUGAAAGGAUUAUUUUUGGGUUAAAAUAA